CAUAAGUGUAUGUAUCAAAAUGAGAAAUAAAAUCAUAUAUUUUAUUUUCAUACUAGUAGUGCUUGUGCCAAACCGCCUAGACUUUGUGCAAACACACCCUGUGCAAGAAUUAGAUAACAAAUCUCCAGAAAACAUAUCACAACCACCAAGUGAAGCAAAGGAACCAAACAUUAUUCUAAAAGAACCAUUAUUCAAAGUUAAUUUACUUUUGAAGAAUUAUGAUAAGUUUGCCAAUAGGCCGAAAAGAUUCGUAUCUGCCGGAUUUAUGAAUAUGGGCAUAUAUAUGGGCAUGUAUUUGGGUGAUGAUUUUAAACCAUUUCCUGUUCACGAGGCUUUAGCAAGUAAACGGGCAAAACAAAUGUUAGGCACUAUGAUUGGAGGUGCAAUAGCUGGCGGUACUGGAGGUCCCAUCGGAAUCGCAUUAGGCGCCGCCGGAGGUGCCGUCGGUUAUGGAAUUAGUGACAUGGCUUCAAAAUAA